CCACACGACAACGUCGUGUUCUCCUAAUCUUCAUUCUCUCAAAUCAUUCUUUUAUCUUUUUAUUCUUUUCUUCCCAUAAAUAAUCUUCAUCUCUAACUCCAUUCCAACUUUAUUCAUCUUCAUCUUCAUCUUCAUAAUCUUCAAUGAAACCUCUACAAACCCUAACCUCAUCACACCUCACGAAACGUUUCUCCGAUCUCAAAUGGCGGUUUCUCCUCUUAUUCGUUAUGCCAAUCUCUCUUUUACUGUUUUUCUUCAUCGCCUCAACUGGCGGCGGUGUGUUCGCUGAAAACAAUCCCUUUCGCUAUUUAAACAAUUUGAAAUCACUGAAGCUUUUUUUCGAUAAUCCGAAGCGUUUAGUUAACGCGAACGAUCCGAAUGUGACGGUUACGGAGCUGAAACGGUCAAGAAUUGCGGUGUGUUUGGUAGGUGGAGCACGGCGGUUUGAGGUUACUGGACCGUCGAUUGUUGAGAAGGUUUUGGAAGAGUAUCCGAAUGCGGAUUUGUUUGUUAAUAGUCCGUUGGAUAAUAAUUCGUAUAAGUUUUCGGUGUUGAAAUCGGCGCCAAGAAUAGCUGCCGUGAGGAUAUUUACGCCGGUGGAGUUGCCGGAGAGUGAGACGGCGGCGAGGGUUUUGACCGCCAGUAACUCGCCGAAGGGUAUUCAGGGUUUGUUGCAGUAUUUCAAUCUGGUAGAAGGAUGUUUAACCAUGAUUAAAUCAUACCAACAACAUAACAACUUCACCUACAACUGGAUAGUCCGGACCCGCGUUGACGGCUACUGGUCAAACCCACUCCGACCAGACCUUUUCAUCCCGGGUCACUACGUAGUCCCAUCCGGAUCCUCUUACAACGGUCUCAACGACCGUUUUGGCGUCGGAGAUUUCAACACCUCCGUCGCGGCCCUCUCCCGCCUUUCCAUGCUCCCUGAACUCGACUCAGCCGGGUUCCAUGAACUUAACUCGGAGUCAGCAUUUCAAGCCCAACUCAAACUACGUAACGUAUCAUAUCUCACCAAACGUAUCCCCUUCUGCAUUGUCUCCGAUCGGAUGUACGAAUUCCCUCCGAAAAGGUUCGGUGUUCCUGUGGCGGAUAUAGCGAGUAAAGGGCCGUUGAGUGGGGUGAAAUGUCGUCCAUGCACGUCUGUGUUUUCGACUCGGUGGGCUGAAGCUGUUGUAAACGGGUUGGAUCGGCAGUGGAGUUGGACCGAGAGCGCGAAUGGGACGCUUCGGCUUUGUGAUGGACAUGGUGAAUGGGAACAUGGUUGGGAAACUUUAUUUGAUAAAGUCGCGGGGAAGAAGUUGGCGGCGGUUAGAAAAAGAGUAUCAGGUUUGUCGUUUGAGCAAUGUGUGGAGGAUUUUGAGGAAAUGAGGCGGCGGUCCUCUGUGUGGGACGCACCGCACACGGCUGAGCUUUGUCAGCCGGUGAGAUAGAUGGAAGAGAAUUUUGUUUCAACUUUUUUUUUUUGUUUUUCUUAGUUAGAAGUGUUUAUAAUAUAAAAAGGAAAUACAAAAUAUGAUGAAAUGAGAUACUUGGUAGUUGGUACAUACUAAAUAUUCAAACGAACAA